AUGCCACGACUGAUCCCCGCCCUCAUCGAGCACUAUGCCGCCCAGCAGCCCGACAAGGUCUACGCGUCCAUCCCCGUGGACAACGACGAUCUCAGCCUCGGCUUUCGCGACAUCACGUACGGCCAGCUGCGGCGCGCCGUCGACAAGGCGGCCUUUUGGCUGGCCGGCGAGAUCGGCGAUGCGACCGAGAAGGGCGACUUUGAGACGUUCGCGUACUACGGAUCGAGGGACCUGAGAUACGUGAUUCUGCUACUGGCGGCGAUCAAGAUCGGACGGAAGGCCCUCUUUUCGUCGCUCCUCUGCAGCCUCGACGCCCAUGUCUACCUCGCCCAGUCGACCGACUGCCACAUCUUCCUGUGCACCCCGUCCCUGCUCCCCCUGGUCGAGCAGAUCCAGCACCACCAGUCGCCGUCGCGACAUGUCCUCGUGCCGGAGCUGCAGGAGUGGCUGCCCGCCGUCGAAGUCGACAAAGAACAGCCCGUGUAUCCGUACGCCAAAACCUGGGACGAGGCCAAGGACGACCCCUGCCUGAUCGUGCAUACCAGCGGGUCGACCGGCGUGCCCAAGAUCGUCACCUACACCAACGACAUGCUCGCCAAUGUCGACCGUCUUCGCCACUUACUUCCGGUCGAGGGGUGUCGCUGCCUCGUGUGGGAAAUGCCUGGUCGGCGGCUGUACUCGACGAUUCCCAUCUUCCAUGUGAGUGCUUCUUCUGCAAUCCUCGGCAUCGGUAGCUCUCUGCUCUUCCCCGUCUUCUACGACGCUGUCGGCGUCCUGGGACCGCCCGACAAGCCCGUCACGCCCGAGCUGGCCGACCAGAUGCACCAGUUCGCGCGACUAGAUGGUGGCAUCUACCCGCCUUCGCUGCUGCAGGACCUUGUGCGCGACGAGGACAAACGCGAGCAUCUGCGGUCGCUGAAGGUCAUCCUGUACGGCGGAGCGCCUCUCGAGCGCAGCUGCGGCGAAUGGCUCGUCAACAACAUGGGGAGCAGGCUGCGAAGCCUUAUUGGCAGCACCGAGGGGACCAUGUGGCCGACGCUGGUGCCUGUCGAUCCGGUCACCGACUGGCAAUACACGCACUUCCACCCGGCCAGUGGCGCGACUUUCGUGCCUGUCAAUGCCAGCAUUAGCAGUAUGCCCGGCAAGCAGAAGGAGGAAGAGGAAGAGCAGGAGCUCUACGAGCUCAUCUUCGAGCGCAGCCCUGACAUAGAGGACUACACGAACUUCUUCCGAUACGCGCCGCAUCUCGACCGCUGGGCAACUAAGGACCUGUGGACACCGCAUCCCGAUCCGGCGAAGCGAGCCUCGCACUGGCGCUACCGGGGCCGGACGGACGACCUCGUCCUGCUCAGCGGCGAGGUCAAAAUGUACGCCGCGCAGCUGGAGGCGCGGAUCGAGACGCAUCCACUGGUGCGCGCGGCCUUCGUCGGCGGGAAUCAGCGGAAGUGGCCUUUUCUGCUGGUGGAAAUCAUGCCAGACAUCGAGGACGAGCAGCAGCGGUACAAGAUCCUGGACGAGCAGAUCUGGCCCUGGAUCGAGCAGCAACUCCUCAGCAGCAGUAGCAGCAGCAGCAAGAAUGUCAAUAGCUCACUGCAGCACGAGGCUGUCCGUCUGCGACGGCCGCUCGUCCUCGUCGCCGAUCCGAAGAGACCGAUUGUGCGCGCAUCCAAGGGCUCUAUACAGCGGAACGCGACGUCACAGGCAAGGAAAGCACCUAAUACAAAUAUUUCAGUUGUAACAGAAGUAGUCUUCGCUGCGCUUGCUGUCAGCUACUGCCGUGCUGUUGCACAAGUCCUGCUGGGCCGUGGAAUUUUAGAAACAGGCAUGGGUGCUGAACUCUUGAUUAUCGAGAAUUCACACCUGCAUAUAUACAGUUCCGAAUAG